AUGAGCUUGUUCAAGGGAAGACAGGCGAGGGCAGAAAAGCUGUAUAGUCAGAAGAAAUACGAGGAGGCUGAAAAGCUGUUCGACGAGGUAGUACAUGAUCGGGAGAGAACCCUCGGCAAGGAUCAUAAACGCACGCUUACCAACAAAUCCUGGCUGGCACAUACGCUAUAUCAGCUGGGAAAGUACCAGGAGGCACAGAGGAUAUUCCAAGAGGUAGCAAAUGCCCGUGAGAGCACUCUGGGUAGCGGCCAUGAAGAUACCCUUGCCAGCAACCAAUGGUUAUCAAAUACAAAGUGGCAGUUGCGGAACGAGCCCCAGAAGGCUGACAAGCCAUUUGAUAAGACCGCACAUGGACAGGAGAAGAAAUCAGGCAGAAUACGAGGCCGUGAUGCGUUUCUAGGCAAGGAUGACGAGCUCACGCUUGGCCUCAAACUAGAGCUGGGACAGUUACUUCUUGAUCAGAACAGACACCAGGAGGCAGGGAGUAUAUUCCAAGAGGUAAAAGAUGUCCGUGAGAGAGCUAUGGCAAAGGACCAUGAAGAUAAGGCUGCCCGCAAACAGCUUGAACUUCGGAUAAAGCUAUCUGAGGAACUUCAGACAAAGCUAUCUGAGCAGCAAGAAGCAGAGGAAAAUUUGCGUCAGAGAAUACGAGGCCGUGAUGCGUUUCUAGGCAAGGAUGAUAAGAUCACGCUUGGCCUCAAACUAGAGCUGGGACAGUUACUUCUUGAUCAGAACAGACACCAGGAGGCAGGGAGUAUAUUCCAAGAGGUAGAAGAUGUCCGUGCAGUCUCCUCCGGGCUCAUUGGCUCAGGUGCCUUUGGUGCAUGGUACUACAGCCAAAUCGCAGGAAGUGCAGACUCCGACGCGUUCAUUGUCUUUGGUGCAGUCUCCUCCGGGCUCAUUGGCUCAGGUGCCUUUGGUGCAUGGUACUACCGCCAAAUCGCAGGAAGUGCAGACUCCGACGCGUUCAUUGCCUUUGGUGCAUGGUACUACCGCCAAAUCGCAGGAAGUGCAGUCUCCUGCGCGUUCAUUGCCUUUGGUGCAGUCUCCUCCGGGCUCAUUGGCUCAGGUGCCUUUGGUGCAUGGUACUACAGCCAAAUCGCAGGAAGUGCAGUCUGCUCCGGGCUCACUGUCUCCGAUGCAUGA